AUGGGCCACUCCAGAAUCAACAGUCUGCUUAGCAUCCUUGAUGAAAUCCAGAGCGAAAUCCAGAGCGAACCUAAGCAGCCAUCUCGGAAAGAGGCACUGAGGAACGAGCUUUAUAAGCUAUACCUGCACACAUCCCUGGAGAUAUGUAAACAAAAGCUCAACGGGUCGAUCAGCAGGGAUACCCUCGCGAAGAUCCAGGAGAUCAAGCAAUACUUCAGACAUAUAGAAAACAUCGGCGACCAAAAUCCAAGUUGCCCUGGAAAAGCACAGGAGUAA